GCUUUGACACCCACUAAUGAUCGAACAAAUCACGGCGUUCAGUGAACGAUAACAAUGAAGCUAUCGACGGCUGAUGGUGGGAAGAUUUACUGAUAACAUAGAAUAUGCAUUAAGAUCAAUAUGCCUAUUCGGUUAUUGAUUUACGAGUUCUCAGAAAGCAUCGGAAUCACAGCGGUUAAAAGCUGGUGUAACUAAGUUUGCCGUGAAUUAUUGCACUGGUUUCCAACAGCACAGAAAUUGGAGCAAGGAGCUGCUGACUACAGUGAGUGAAGAUGGAUGCUGACGAGUUCCGAAGACAUGGUAGAGAAAUGAUUGACUAUGUAGCCAACUACCUGGAGACAAUCCGACUGAGGCGACCGUUCCCCGAUGUAAAACCUGGAUAUCUUCGUGAACUGGUGCCAGAUGAAGCACCGCAAGAUCCCGAACAGUGGAAGGACAUCUUUAAAGAUAUUGAAGGAAUUAUCAUGCCUGGGGUGACUCACUGGCACAGUCCACAGUUCCACGCGUACUUCCCAACAGCCAACUCCUAUCCUGCCAUACUUGGAGACAUUCUCUCAGACGCCAUUGGUUGCAUUGGAUUUACAUGGGCCUCUAGUCCAGCGUGUACGGAACUUGAGGUUGUCAUGAUGGACUGGCUGGGGAAGAUGUUGAAACUGCCCGAUGAGUUUUUGUUCUGUUCAGGUGGAAAUGGAGGUGGGGUCAUUCAGGGUACGGCUAGUGAAGCUACACUGGUGGCGUUGUUGUCUGCCCGGACGACAGCGAUGAUAAAGAUUAAGAAGGAUUCUCCGGACAUGGAAGAUGGAAUGAUUAUCUCGAAGCUUGUAGCUUACUGCUCCGAUCAGUCUCACUCGUCCGUGGAGCGGGCUGCGCUGAUCGGGGUCGUGAAGAUGAACAAACUGGAGACAGACGAGGAUGGAGUCUUACAUGGAAUGGCUCUACAGAACGCCAUUGCUGCCGACAAGGAGAAGGGUCUCAUACCAUUCUUUUUCUGUGCAACUCUGGGAACUACAAUAUCCUGUGCAUUUGACAAAAUUACAGAACUGGGACCAGUUUGCACUAAUGCAGGGAUUUGGAUGCACAUUGAUGCAGCGUAUGCAGGGAGUGCAUUUAUUUGUCCACAGUUCCGACCAUUGCUUGAUGGAGUGGAACAUGCUACAUCAUUCAACUUUAACCCUCACAAAUGGCUGCAGGUCAACUUUGAUUGCUCGGCUAUGUGGGUUAAAGACAAGCGCUUGGUUAGUGAAGCAUUUGAAGUUGAUCCACUCUACCUAAAACACGAGAACCAGGGCAAGAUGCCGGACUACAGACACUGGCACAUUCCACUGGGUCGAAGAUUCCGGUCUCUGAAACUGUGGUUUGUUCUACGGAUGUAUGGCCAGAAAGGUCUACAGCAGUGUAUUAUGAAAGAUGUAAACCUGGCUAAAGACUUUGAGUCGUAUGUGAAGGCAGACCAAAGGUUUGAGAUUAUCAACACCAGCAUGGGCCUCGUCUGUUUCAGAUUACAGGGAGAUAACGACACUAAUGAGCGAUUGUUGAAAGCUAUCAAUGACGAAGGACGAAUCCACCUUGUGCCCUCCAAGAUGAAAGGAAAAUAUUUUCUCCGCUUCGCUGUGUGUGCGUCACGCACCAACUUGGGAGAUGUGAAAUUUGCCUGGCAGGUCAUACAGGAUGCAACAGAAAACCUGCUCAAGGAAACAUAAUGAAUGUUCAGGAUUAAGAAACAUCAAUAUGCAUAUACUGAAUAGAAUUGUACAAGUUCUUUCAGUACAAAAAAACAUCUGUAUCCAGAAACUGAAUAAUAUUUAUGCUAAAGGUUUUUUUCAAGGAACUGUAAUGAAUAUUCAGUAUAAAAAACAUCAAUGUCUGUAUACUGAAUAGCAUUCUAAUUGUGUGUUAAGGAAAUGUAAUGAAUAUUCAUUAUAAAAAACAUCGUAUCAGAUAUAGACUAGAUUUCUAAUUGUGUCUUAAGUAUGUUAACACGAACAGCAUGUAUUCAUUGAAGGUUGACUGUCGCAUGUUUACAUGUUUAAUUUAGGAUGGAGUCAUCUUUUGAUUUUCUAGUCGGGAAUUUUUCCAAAGCAUUUCUUAAAAACUACUAUUUUAUUAGAUGGUUUAUCAGUAAUAACAGUUUGUAUUCUAUAAUGGAACCAGACAAAACUGAACCGUAUAAGCUAUAUACCAGAGGAGUAGUGUUCUGUUACAUAUAAUAUUCAUUUUAAAAUCAUUUGUACCGGUUCUCAGUUUUGAACUUUUCCCUGAGACUUUGCCAUGUGUGCGAGUUUUCUAAGCUAGUCUUGUGAGUGGCAGUCCUCCUACAGGCGGUGCAAGAGGGAUGAAACCACCUGUUACAUAUCUCCUAGGGGAGAGCACAUGAUGGUGGAUCAAGAAAACAAUCAUGACUUUGCUGAAUGUCCUUUCAACUCUGCCUUAUGCAGAGAUACUAUUUUGAUAUCGGAACAUACACACAUUACAGUCGGAUAAGGCUCUGGCAAAAACACAACUUGAGAUGGAAAUGCUGACAUUUUGGAGGGAAAAUAAUUGAAAAUAAGUUGUUUUAGUCUUAAUAACGGUAUGUGUGUAUUCAACUUGAGUGUUAACACAAACCCAUUCUAUUAGCAGUUUGAAUUUGAGGUAGGAUCAUUUAGACUGAGUUGCAGUGACAGAAAGCAUCAAUGUUCAUGUUUUACCAGGUUCCACUUUGUUUAUAAAAAGUAAAAAAAAGGAAACAGAAGAAAUACUGGGGGUUUGGGGUAUGUUUAACAAAAGACAACAUCAUGGUUGUGUGUUUUAAUUUCAUGACUAUUUUUAUAUAACGUUUGCCCUGCGUAGUGUUGCAGUGUGAAUAAUUUAUUUUGUUUAUAGUAAUUUAUCUUGUUUAUAUAUUUCAAUUAGACAGAAGAUAAUUGGUUUUUAUUUAUCAAGCGCAGUCUUUCAACCAGGAUUUACCUAGAGUGGUUGCCUUUUUUUGCUUUGAAAGCUGCAACCAAAUUUAUUUUUAAGAUUUUAAAAGCAAUUUUAUAAGCAUUUAAAUACAUGUACAUUCAUCUGGUCCAGGAACUGUUGAGGACAGGAAUUCUAAGCGUUUCAAUCAUACAGUUUACUAGUAAUACUAUAUAUUUGUUUUAUUCCAUUGAUUAACAACAACUGAAGGGAUCCACACUUAUUAUUGUCUUCAUUUAACAUGCAGUCAUUCCUAGAUUAUUCAUAGUUAUGUGUAUAGAUAAGAUGGAUGUGUAGAAUGAUCUGUUUUACUGCAGCAUUUUGAUGCCAUCUAAAAUAUUUGUUUACCAUAUAUUUGCCUAACAUGUAAAACUCGAUAUACCAGGCCCAUAGGAACGAUAUCUGGAGUGGGAAGGUCACAAUCUAUAGUGGAGGGGUCACAGUGUUUAGUGGGUGUACAAGUCAUAUGUUUAUUUUUAUCUACAUAGAGUCAGACCCCCCCCCCCCCAUUUUUUGUCCUCAAGUGAGGAGGGCAUAACCCACCCCAAACACCCCAUCCCCAUCCCUGGUUCCUAGGGACUUGUAUCCUACAGAUUACAUUUAUUUUCUAAAUUGUUUUUUAUUAUUAUUACUUCCUGUGCAGUACCACAACGCAUGUUGGCCAAAACAUUGUUUUAUCUAUAGAGCUCUCCAGGGUGGAUCCAGGAUUUCAUGAAAUGGGAGCCACCAGUCCCAUGUGGUUGACAGUGGCAGCAUGCGAGGCACAGAGUCAGAUUGUUAAUUUGUUGAUCCAAGAAGAAAUAAAUUUGUGUUUUCU